AUGCUAAAAUCAUUGUUUUCAUUAUUUUUUACAUUCUUACUUGUUAAAAGCCAGACCUUUGAAAAUUUAAUCGUAUUAUGUAAAUCAGAUUGCAAGAAUAUUCAUGUAAAUUUAACUGCUACUAAUUCAGGCUGUAGUUGAUGGAACAGUGCAUUGGAAAAAGGAAAUCUUAGUUGAUGAAUAAAAAGAAUUUCUACAACUUGAAGUAAUACUUAUAUUCAGUUUAUAGUUUCAUAAUAAAAAUUAGAAAUAGCCUAUGAAUCUAAAAUUUGUAUUGGACGAAUCAAAUAAAAAUAAUACAUCCUUAUAUGAAAUACAUCCUUAAGAAAUAUCUAAUUUAACAACAGCAUAGAUCUUUAUCAUUUUCAAAUGUCAUGAAGAUAUAGUACUCUAAUUUUAAUUAAAAUUGGAAUUACUUGGAACUUCUAAUUAAAGUUUAAUAAUUCCAUUUACAAAACAAUGCAAUCAAACAUACUUCGAUACUGAUAAAUAUAAAGUCUAUUUAAAAGAUUUAAAUAAUGAAAAUAUUUCAUUAUUAUGGAAUAAUAGAAGUCCUUAAACUCUAUAAAAUAAUACAGCAAUUUUUGAAUUUAUACCCCCAGAAAACUGUAAAAUAUUCGACUCAUUAUUCUAGAAACCAUCUAUAUUUAAAAAGUUGAUUUAGAAAUAGAUUAAAACAAUACUUAAAGUGCCAAAGAUCUGAUUAAAAAAAAUUACACCGAUCCUCCUUUAUCAUAUGUUAGUAACAGUAAAAAAUUAAAUAUUCAACCUAAAAUUAUAUGUAAAGAUGUUUCUGAUGAAUUAAGUAAACUAAAUUUUUAAAUAAUAGUUUUAUUCAAUUUAACAAUUCUUUCAUUGAAAUUUGAAAAGCCAUUUGUUAUAUAAUUUUAUAAAUAAUGUGAUAAGAAAGAUUAAGAUUUGGAAAAUAAUUAAGAAUUUCCAAUGUUUAUAGGAACUAAAAAAAAUUCAAAUGAAUUGUUUAGAGCUGGAAUCCCUUAAACAGAUUAUAAUUAUACAACUAAAUCAAUAUCUGAAAAUUCUAAUGCUUUUUAAAUGUUUAUUUAUUUUAAAGCUGAAUAAAGUGCUACUUUAUAAGACCGAUUUUUUUCAUAAAAUCAAAAAAUUAAUAUUGUAAUAGUAACUAAUGUAAAGGAUAACGAUAUUCUGAAAAUUAAGCAUCAAAAGAAUUUAAUAAUGAAUAGGGCUGAUGACAAAAAAUAGAUUUUAUUAUAUUUUGAAUGUUUAUAACAAGGUAAUUCUACAGUCUAUGUUGACAUUACUUUUAGUUAUUUGAAAGAUUCUCAUAAAACAGCCUCUUUUUCAUUUAAUAAAUAUUGUGCCAAAACUAUUUAAAAGCAAGAAAAAACUUUGUUUGGUGAAAUUGUCUAUUAUAUUAUUUGUAUUGUAGCAAUGCUAUUUGGAGUAUAAACUAUUCGUUUGUUUACAAGUAUAUUAUAUUAAAAAAUUAAAUAUAGAUUUAAUAAAGUAAGAUUCUAAUGCCCCAGAAGUUACAAUUGAUACUUCAUAUAAAAGAGGUUAUAGUAGUAUUGAAGAAGAGAAAUAAAUUGAAUUAUGAUGGUU